CCUUCUUUUGCGGGGAGAAUUGAUUGGCAGGCCUGUUAGCCAAUUAGCGGGCUGCACUGUACCAUCCCCCCCCCCUUUUCGCUUUGCUUGCUUGCAAAGAAGGAGAAAAUGCUUUUGCAUGCAAGAAAAAAUCGCUGAGAAACAUCUGCGUGUAUGAUUUGCAACCCAGCGGCUCAUCGUGAAGAUGGCUUUGUUAAAGCUGUUGCCGCAGGUUCCCGAAGAUGAAGGUACCCAAAGGUGCCGGCUGGGGCCUGCUGUAUUCUCUACCCUGGGUGCCACACUGGGCUCCCCAGUGAAGAUCACCCUCCCUGCGGGCAGCUGUCUCUGUACCGCCUGGCCAAGGCAUGAUUUGACUGACGGCUAUUUGCAGGUCGAUCUCAAGUGCAGAACGUGGGGUUUGAAGGAGUGCCUGUCCCAAAAUCUCACCGUGAGCAUGAACCACUUGAAGCUGCUGCCUUCUUGCAAGCUCAAGAGAGUGACAGUCAAAGUCAUCUUUAAGAACCGUGCCUUGAAAAAAUCCACUCCGAAAACCACAGUGCAGGACAUGGUCAAGGAACUUCUGAGAAAGGCCUACGUUUCUCCCCAUUACGUCGUUACCUUUGCGCCAAUUCCGGGCAAUCCAUUGGCAUGUGUUGAAAUAUUGUCCAUGGAGCCUGCCACCGCAGAAGAAGCCGGUUUGGUAACCCUCAAAACUGGUGUAACUGUUAAAGAGGCAGUCACACUAGACUGGCACAACCGUUCGACGGAGGGUGGCACCAAAAUCUUGGUGGCGGGCAUGAACGACGUCAGCACCUCCUUAAAAGAGAUGAUCGACUUGCCCUUGCGCUUUCCGAAAACCUUCCAGAAGCUGGGCCUUUCUGUCCCUAGAGGAGUGCUUUUGGUGGGGCCUCCAGGAGUGGGCAAAACUCUUCUGGUGAAAUCGGUCGCCAGGGGAAUUGGUGCCAGCCUGCUUUGCAUCGACGGCCCUAUUAUCUACGGUUCAAGGCCCGGCGAAAGCGAGGAGAACUUGCGGCGAGUUUUUGAACAAGCUAGAGAAUUGUCCCGCGAAGGACCGGUUGUUCUUUUUAUUGACGAGAUCGACUCGUUGUGUCCUAAACGGGGAAGUUCGAGUAAUGCCCCGGAAAAUCGUCUGGUGGCUCAAUUGCUAACUCUUCUAGAUGGCUUCGGGGGAGAAAAUCACGUAGUGAUUGUGGCAGCGACAAAUAGACCCGAUGCCCUGGACCCUGCACUUAGGAGGCCAGGCAGACUGGACCGAGAGGUUAUAAUUGGGACGCCGACCGUGAAGCAAAGGAGGUCUAUUCUACAGCUGAUUACUGCUGGCAUGCCUGUGUCAAACGAUGUCAAUUUGUUUGAACUUGCAGAAAUAACAGUCGGUUAUGUUGGAGCUGACCUCACGGCGCUCUGCAGAGAGGCUGCAACGAAGGCUGUGUUUCGUGCCUCUUCGGAUUCAAUUGACACAGUGCACAUGUCGGACUUCCGUGAAGCGUUGAAAAAGAUUCAGCCGUCCUCUGUUCGAAGUGGAGUUGGGCUGGCAGACUUCAGGCCCGUCGCCUGGGAUCAGAUUGGGGGCCUUGAAGAUGUGAAACUCAAGUUAAAACAGAGCAUUGAAUGGCCUAUAAAAUUCCCAGAGGCCUUUGUGAGAAUGGGGCUUGCCCGCCCAAAGGGCAUCCUUUUGUACGGACCGUCAGGUUGCGCCAAAACUACGCUUGUAAAAGCAGCAGCCACAAGCUGUCACUGUUCGUUUCUGUCUGUGAGUGGCGCCGACCUUUUCUCACCUUACGUUGGAGAUUCGGAGAAGAUUUUGUCUCAGGUAUUUCGUCAAGCAAGAGCCAAUACGCCUGCAAUUGUGUUCCUUGAUGAGAUCGACUCUAUCCUGGGAUCUCGGUCAGUCAGUAAAACAGGACAUGGCGUCCAGGAGAGAGUUCUUUCUGUCCUCCUUAAUGAAUUGGAUGGUGUUGGGUUGAAGUUAACAGAGAGGAGAGGAAAUAAAGCCGAGCUGGAAAACGACAGUCGAGAACAAACAGAAAAUGAUAGAGAGCUGGAAUUUCAGGAGGUUUUUAAUAAAGAUGUCAUCGUCGUUGCUGCAACCAACAGACCAGACAUGUUGGACGAUGCCUUGUUGCGUCCUGGACGGUUUGACAAGAUCAUCUAUAUUCCACCUCCAGAUCAGAAGGGAAAGCUUUCUAUUUUGAAAAUCUGCACUGGAAAAAUUCCCAUUGAUCCUGGUGUUUCUCUAGAGGAUAUAGCAGCUCGUGCUAAUCUGUUCUCUGGAGCUGACCUUGAGAAUCUUUGCAAGGAGGCCGCUUUAUUGGCAUUGCAAGAGAACAAAGUUGAAGCAACACCCGUGAAGCAGAAACAUUUUGAAAAAUCCUUGGAGAUCGUCAAACCAUCACUAACCAAUGAAGAGCUGGAAUUUUAUGAAAAAACAUUUAGAAAUCGAGAAUGAUUCUUGUGAAAACAGUGGCGGGGGGACUGUUAUCCACAUUGACAUAACCAACAACUCUUAGUAAUGAAUUCAGCACAUCUCUAAAGAGAACAGAGGGGAUGUGGCUGUUUGUUCAUUUAUUUAGAGUGUAAAUUUCUCAUCGCCUCAUCAAACUUUUUCAAGGCAUAUGCAUCACAGGGGUUUCUCUUGGGCUUACAGCGAUGGAAGGAAGACAAAGUCCCUACCAGAGAAGAUUGGCUGAUAAAGUUGUUGGACUAUGCCAAAAUGGGGAAAAUGACCGGGAGAAUUAGAAACCAAGAAGACAAAAGCUUUAAUACAGAGCAGGGGAAAUUUAUAAGCUACUUAGGAGAACACUGCAAACAAUUAAAAACCUUGACAGGAUUGGAAUAAGGCUUGUAAUGUAGUAAGAACUAGGGUAUAAUGAGAAUUUUAAGAAAAAAUGGGAGGAUAAUAUGAGAUGCAGGGCAAAACGGAUUAAUAAUAGAAUCCAUGGGGGGGAGUCCAAGGAUUCAGGGAAGUGAAACUGAAUUAAAAAAAAAAAUAGAUCCUAUGCUGUGGGGAGAGGUUUCUUGGUGAGAUUAUUGACAACAGCCAAGCAAACUGGCGGGACCAGUUUCCCCCUUGUGCGUAUAAAGAAAAUGCUGUGAGUAUAUUUUCAGAGUGGUCUGAAAAUUUGUUUUUUUAAUGUGCCUACCUUGUGCCUAUUCGAUCAGCUUUUCCGGUUCCAAUAAAGACUGUAGCCAUGGAGAUUGGCUUAAUGCUGAGUGACUUAAUGCUGAGUGGUGCCCAGAAUUUGAAGUGCUGUUGAACUGCUCUGGAAUACGUACCACCGUGCUGUUAAAUCCUACAUAUUUAUAAAAUGAAAAAUUCUUCCAAGAGUCAAUUACAGUCACAUGUCUGCUCUUUUUUUACAUAAACAAUUUAAUCAUCUCAUAAUAAGGUGAAAUGUGAUUUAUAACUGAAUAUAGCUGAUUUGUAUCGUAAUAUUCAAUAAAGGUAUCCAAUUUUGUAAUGAAGUGUGGAUAUUUCCUUUUUCAUUAUUUCACUGCUUAUUGGCUGUGCCACUCUGAUACGGUCCCCUAUCUUAAACCAUUAAUUAGCCUGUCCCAGCAAAGGAAGAAUGGAUACGAAAACUUACGGAAUAUGCAGAAAUGGUGAAAUUCAGUGGAAGAAUAAGAAAUCAAGAUAACAUUUUUUUAUAUAAAAGAAUGGAAAUGGUUUAUUGAAUAUUUACAGAUAAAUUGCAAACAGAUAAAAACAUUGGCAGGAUUAUUUUAAUAACCUGCAGUUUCAUAAGAGUUUACGUUUAAAGUGGAUAAUUAAAU